UAGAGUUGAAUACCAGCCAGCCAACUUCCUUGGCCCAUCUGUCUCUUCCAAUUUCAUUUAUUUAUUCAUUUAAACCCACUCAUUAUCCUCUCCCCCUUUUCAAUUUUAGGGAUUUAAUCAUCAGAAGGCUGUGAUUUAUCCGGGGGAAUGGUAGAGAGAGGCAAUAAGAAAAGAAUAAAAUAAAAAGAAACAGAGAGAGAGAGAGAGAGAGAGAGAGAGGACGACUCAUAAAGCGGCCAGGCUUGGGGGCCUCCGAUUUUUCCGAUCGAUUUCUGGUGGGUUUGAUUUUGAUCCGGGUUUUGACGGCUGGGAUUCCCAGAAAGGGUUUGAGAUUCCGAUAACAAACGGCAAAGAGGCAUGUGGAGUGGUAGUAUUUCGAGAUAUUUUGAGAAAUUGAGUGCCAUGGCCGAAGGAGGAUCUCGUUACUGCUCUAAGAAGAGCGACGAUAUUUGCGGCCGUAGCGGCGAUGAGGAGCCAGGUGGAAUGUUUAGCAUGUCGAGAUUGCGAUGUUUUCUGCGAGGAAUGGAUUUGAAAAUUUAUAUAUUUCUAUUUGUGUUGAUCCCUACAUGCACCUUUGUUGUUUAUUUGCAUGGGCAGAAGAUCUCGUACUUCUUGCGACCAUUGUGGGAGUCGCCUCCCAAGCCCUUCUUCGAAAUCCCUCACUAUUAUCAUGAGAAUGUACCAAUGGAGAACCUCUGCAAACUUCAUGGGUGGGGAAUUCGCGAAUACCCAAGGCGAGUUUUUGAUGCAGUGUUGUUUAGUAAUGAGAUAGAGAUUCUCACCAUUAGGUGGAAGGAAUUGUACCCAUAUGUGACAGGAUUUGUCCUCCUUGAGUCGAACUCAACCUUCACUGGAUUACCAAAGCCUCUGGUUUUUGAGAAAAACCGAAAUCUAUUCACAUUUGUGGAGCCACGAUUGACAUAUGGUAAAAUUGGAGGAAGGUUUAGGAAGGGGGAAAAUCCAUUUAUUGAAGAGGCAUACCAGCGACUAGCAUUGGAUCAUCUUCUCAAACUAGCCAGUAUUUCAGAUGAUGAUUUGUUGAUAAUGUCGGAUGUUGAUGAGAUUCCAAGCAGACACACUAUUGAUCUCUUGAGGUGGUGUGAUGACAUACCUCCAGUGCUCCAUCUUCGGCUGAAGAACUAUCUAUACUCCUUUGAGUUCCUUGUGGACAAUAACAGCUGGAGAGCUUCAGUCCACAGGUAUCAGUCCGGUAAGACAAAGUAUGCACAUUAUCGACAGUCUGAGGUUAUCUUGGCUGAUGCUGGGUGGCAUUGUAGCUUUUGCUUCCGUCACAUUGAUGAGUUCAUAUUCAAAAUGAAAGCUUACAGCCAUUAUGACAGAGUGAGGUUCUCUCGUUAUUUGAACCCUAAAAGAGUUCAGAAAGUGAUCUGCGAAGGGGCUGACUUGUUUGAUAUGUUACCCGAGGAGUAUACAUUUAAGGAAAUCAUUGGGAAAAUGGGGCCAAUUCCCCACUCCUAUUCUGCAGUUCAUCUUCCGUCAUAUCUCUUGGAAAAUGCCGACAAGUAUAAAUUUCUCUUGCCUGGGAAUUGCUUAAGAGAAAGAGGCUGAUUCCCUGUGGGGUCAGUUACAAGUCUGUCUUGAUAAAGGUUGAAGUUACAGCUAGAGCGAGGCAUCUUGAAGAUUUUUAAUUAACGGUUGAUGAAUGACUUCAGCAUUCACCCUUACAGAUCUGGUACAUGGUGAUCCAUAUUUAUAUCAUUCUUCCAGAACUGUUCUGAGAAACUGGAUGAAUUCUCGGAUUUCUGGGACGAAGUUAGUAUGUGACUUCAUCCUAGAGACAGUUUUCAUUCAAGAAGGAAUGCACAUAUUCAACAAGGGGGCCCUAGCGUUGUUAUGGAGACAGAUAAAGUUGCUAUAGGAUUUCCAAGCCUUAUUUGCAUUAUGUGGUACGGUCCCUGUGCACCCAAAGAAGAAAUAUGGCUCUGUUCCUGCAGUUACCUUAGGAAAUUUUGAUUGAGACUAAUCUAUUUAUAUAUUUUUGAAGUGUUAUUUAGCUUCAUGGCUUUUCCUUGAGUGACUUCUUGGUAUAUUCUUGUCCAUAAAUUUUAUUGUCUGAUCUACAGUUGUUGCUACUUUGCUUAUU